CGCUCCACGCAGCAAGGAUCGCCAGUGGAACGGGGCCCUCCCGACGGCUUUCAAGGGCGCGGGGCAGGAUCCAGGCCCCUCUGCUUGCCCCCCCCCAAAGGAUGGAUGACCAGCAGGCCCAGCAUCUUUUGGAGUUCCUCCGGCCAGAGACCCGUUUGGAUGUGAAAGGCCAGGCCACCCAGUACAUUCUGGGGCUCACAGGCACCCCCGAGGGGAGGCGAUUGCUGGCCACGCGGCCGGACUGUGUGGAAGCCUUGCUGGCCCUGACCCACGACCCCUCCCUGGCCGUAGCCAAGGAUGCCUACCACGCCCUCAUCAACCUGGCCACGGAGCCGCUGGCCCACGGGGCCCUGACGGAAGGGCUGCCGGGCCUGCUCAGCCGCCUGCUGGACCCCGGCUUCCCUCUGGCCGACCAGGUCUGCGCGGUGCUGUCCAACCUGUCGCGGGAAGAAGCCUCGUGCAGGGAGCUCUUUGCCGCCCUGCAGCAGCGCGAGGCCGGCGGGGGCCUGGUGCCGGUGGUGGACGCCUUUUGCACAGAAGGCUUCAACGCCAAGGCGUCGCUGCACUACCUGGGCCCCUUGCUGUCGAACCUGAGCCAGCUGCCGGAAGCCCGGCAAUUCCUCUUGGACAGAUCCAGGUGCGUGGUGCAGAGGCUGCUGCCGUACACCCAGUAUGUGGGCUCCGCUAUCCGCCGAGGGGGUGUAGUUGGGACGCUCCGGAACUGCUGUUUUGACCACGGGUCCCAUGAGUGGCUGCUGAGCGAAGAUGUGGACGUGCUUCCUUUCCUGCUGCUGCCUCUAGCUGGUCCUGAGGAGAUCCCCGAGGAUGAGAUGGAAAGGCUGCCCCUGGAUCUGCAGUACUUGCCGCCCGAGAAGCAGCGGGAGCCGGACCCUGACAUUCGCAAAAUGCUUCUGGAGGCCAUCAUGCUGCUCACAGCCACGAAGCCAGGGCGGCAGCUGGUGCGAGAGAAAGGCACCUACGUGGUCCUGCGAGAACUGCACCAGCAGGAAGCGGACCCCGGUGUCCUCGCUGCCUGUGAGAAGCUGAUCCAGGUCCUGAUCAGCGAUGAACCUGAGGCUGGGAUGGAAAACCUGCUGAAGGUGGAGAUCCCGGCGGAUGUGGAGGAGCAGCUGCAGCGCCUGGAUCAGCAGGAGGAGGAGGAGGAGGGCAAGAGGCCUGGGUCUGGCUCGGAAGGGCUGCACAGAUGAGGUGCAGAUAACCGGGUGUUGGGACUCACCGGCACCGAGGCCAGAGUAUUUCGGCCACAGUGUGCAAAAGAGCCCUGCCUUUUGUGCCGAUUAGCUGUGCCCCAGAAGAUCCCACUUUCCGCUUCGCAACCCUGCCCAGCAGCCGGGUGUGCAGAGUGACUGAACUCAGCCUCAUUCUGGAUUGGGACGUACAAGAGCUUCCCCUGCCCUGCUUGAAGCUGGGGUCUGGGCCCUCCUUUCCUGCAGGCAAGAGCGGUAGCCGCCCCUUCCUGGGAUGGUAGGGGAGCUCUGCCUGGUAUUCCCCUUCUGCCACCACCUACAGAAGGGGAAAGAUGGGUUGGCAGCCAAACGGACUCUGCUGUGCCCCAAUAAAUCUUUGCCAGCUCAGAAGAC